GCUCCGCUAAACGCGACUUCUUUUAAUAGCGGUCACUUGUGGCAGAUUUUCAGGAGACCCUCAGCUGGAUUCUUGCUGCCAAAGGGUACAAGGGAGCUAUGACAAGCAAUGAAUCAGGAAAGUUCCCAUGCCGGACCGGAGCUUUGAAACCUGAGGGACAUUUCGAGGAGACUAUGAGAAGAUGAAGAGGCAAAACGUGCGGACACUCGCCUUAAUUAUCUGCACUUUGUCCUAUUUGCUCAUUGGAGCGGGAGUCUUCGACGCUCUCGAGUCAAAGCAAGAGAAAAGCCAGAAGAGCAAACUCGACUAUCGAAAAUUUCUACUUAUGCACAAAUAUAAUCUCACCAGGCUUGACUUUGAUCAGAUUGAAAAGGUCGUGUUGCUUCUGAAGCCUCACAAAGCCGGAGUCCAGUGGAAGUUCUCCGGCUCUUUUUACUUCGCCAUCACUGUGAUAACGACCAUAGGUUAUGGCCAUGCCGCCCCCAGUACGGAUGCUGGGAAAGCGUUCUGCAUGGGGUACGCUCUUCUGGGCAUCCCCCUCACCCUGGUGAUGUUCCAGAGCCUGGGCGAACGCAUCAAUACCUUCGUCCGCUUCCUGUUGCACAAAGCCAAGAAAUGCAUGGGCCUGCGGCGGCCGGAAGUCUCCAUGGCCAACAUGGUGAUCAUCGGCUUCUUUUCCUGCGUCAGCACCUUGUGCACAGGAGCAGCUGCCUUCUCCCACUACGAAGGCUGGACCUUUUUCCAUGCCUUCUACUACUGUUUCAUCACCCUCACCACCAUCGGUUUCGGAGACUACGUAGCCCUACAGAAGGACAACGCUCUCCAGAACGACCCUCAUUAUGUGGCCUUUAGUUUCGUCUAUAUCCUGAUGGGCCUCACGGUAAUUGGUGCUUUCCUCAAUCUAGUGGUGCUACGGUUCAUGACGAUGAACACAGAGGAUGAGAGAAGAGACGCAGAGCAGAGGGCGCUGCUCUCCAAAGAUAAACCAAAAUGUCCGGUUUCACGCCGCCCGGACCCUCUGAGCCCAGCCGCCGUGGGGCGAGAUAAAAGGCGAGGGCUGAAGAGCGUCUACGCUGAGGUGCUCCACUUCCAGACGGUGUGCUCCUGCCUGUGGUACAAAAGCAGAGAGAAAAUGGUGAUCCUCCCGCAGGAUAUGUCCUUCACUGAUGCUCUAAUGGAGCAAGGAGACGUGUCGCCCCACCACUUCUUCGAACCAGGCCCCACGGGCUGCGUGUGUAACCCUCAACGCUGCUCAGCCAUUAGCACUGUGUCUGCUGACCUGAGGAACAUCUCACCGUUUAGGCUCUUCUCCAAGAGACGCAGCUCUGUCUGAAUCACCUCACUUUCUUAUACACUCACUGUAGAUCUUGAACGAGUCACAUGAGUUAUUUUCAUAGUAUUCACGUAAAGAUGCUUGAACGGACCACCCACGAUUGAGGUGGAUGGAUGAAAGAGCUCCGCUAGGAGACUUUUUUACACAAACAUCUAUACUCAUGCAACACUCUGAUGACUAUUAUGAGAAUUCAAAUGCUCUUCUACUUCAAAUAGUUCAUUUAGACCUUGAUAUGGUGCAACAGACAGUAGUUCUUUACAAAGUUUGACCAAAAACGUCUUAUCUGCAGUGGUUUAUUUUGUUCAGAUUAAAUGUUUGUGGUAUAAGAAGUGCGCAUUUUCUUUCAUUUAAGUCAUUUUUAGCUUCGCAUUGCGGGCUUUCUGCUAUUCAGAACUGGACUGAGAACGCAUUUUAAAUUUUAAUUCAGUUCUUGAAUUUGAGUUGAAUUGAAAGCGAGACAGCAAACUAAAUGCAAAAUUGCAAUUUGAAUUUGUAUGAAGGCUGCGGCUUAAAAUGAAUUGAAAUUCAAAGAGAUUUAUAGCAUUUUGCUCAUGGAAAUAGAGCUGAAAGCAUUAAAACAUAUAUACAAACAUGCAGACUCAUAUUAAAUAGAUAAACCGAUAUUUUAUUUUGAUAUUGUGAUGCAUUUCAGCUCUUUCACAAAACCUCACAAAAGCAUGCACUCUCUAAACUAAUGAUGGAAAUAAUAUUAGAUAGGAGGAAAACUAUAUUUGAAUUCCUUUGAGAGAGAACAUAACUUUUCUCAGGGGAACGCAAAAGUCCUGUGAGUGAACAUAAAGUAUUUGAUUAUAAUUUUAACCUCUCAUAUCAAAUUAUUUUCCAUGACCACGUCCCGUUGGGGACAUUCUUUAAAUUACAGUUCUAUAAACUGUUCCUUACAGUUCCUUUUUCUGGGGGCGUGUCCAAUUCAACUCAAAAAGAGCCUUCAAUCAGUUCAAUUUUCCAAUUUGCACCACCCUGUCGAAUCAAAUGUUGCGACUAACACAUCCGACGCUCUUUAUUGAGCAUACUAUGAUCUGAUAUUAUUGCCAGACUGCCACUCCAUUACUGUAAUGAGUCCUCUAUAAUACGCUGUGCUAGACUUCAGUGUAACUAGUAAAAUGAAACACCUAUCAGGUAAUUGUCGAUCCAGAUGGCAUACCGACAUGACUCCGCUUUCUGCCCGGCUCUGUGCAGUGUCUGUAUAAUCUGACCUUUUGAAAGCUCCUGAUUUUAUAUUAACCCGAUGAAGGUCACGUGGCAUGAUAAAACGAUAUUCGCUUCAUCAGCGGAUGACUUUCAAGUUUUUCAAAACUGGGACAGAAUUGUCUACAUCAAGGGAAGCAUCUCGGCACGGCACGUUUAUUAAACACUUGAACCUGAAGCGUUUAAUUACUCAUGACGUUUAGCGCACAAAAUUCCUUUGAAGAUGAAGUAUAAAUAUGACCUUGGUCUGAACUAGAGCUCUAGGAAAAACAGCAGUUAUCGCAUACGGACUCUCCAAGCGCUCUCAGCACUGAUCUGGACAUCGUGUCCUGUGCAUCCCCCGUGAUUCAGAGAGGCCUUGCUGCUCAGGCUAUGUUUGGCCCACACAGGAGCGUGUGCCAUCUUCGCAUCCUGCCAAGGAGAAAGCGCUUUGUGCCCAAGACUUUGCCUUUAGCUAUUAAACCUGCACGACACAGUGACAGAAGGAACGCCAUUACAACAAAUGCCUGUAUUGCCCCCCCAUGGCGGCGGCAUCUGUUGCUUUUCCUUCUGGAUUUUUUUUUCGUUUGGCAUCUACGUCCACGUGAAAGGUAAAAAAUAUCUUUGACCAGCAGGUCAGUGGGGGUAGGACAGAAUGUACAUUUAUGUUUCUAUUUUUUGCCCUUACUGAAGGAAACGGGCAAAAAAUAACUCUUUGCUGUGUGGAAUGAUAAUAAAAAGGAGAAAAAUAA